AAAUUGAAUGUAAAAAAACACACGGUGCAGAAAACCUGCGAUCAACAACGUCGUUCAUGUGUCGUUAGCUCGAAAGUAAAAUUAAGUAAAUUCUAACUUUUUUGUUUACUUCGAAUCGUACUUUUGUAGCUAGAAAGGCCAAUGUGCAAAGAUGUCGCAAGGGGUCCGAACUGACGACUUUGCGGCCACCGAACCUCUUGCACACUCAUUCUUUUCUCCCUUUACUAUCGUAUCGUUUUUCAUUGAGUUGUUGGUCUUAUUCCACCGGGUGACACUCGCCGUGUUACGGGCGUGCUUUCGCUUCGUCUUCCCCCGUGCACCGAAGAACAUCGUGGGGCGAAAUGUCCUUGUCACAGGUGCUGCCAACAACAUUGGCUGUAUGUUAGCCUGGGAAUUUGCUGUACGAGGUGCCAACUUGAUACUAGUGGAUUUAGAUGCUGAAGGCUGCAUCAACCUUGCCAAUGACAUCCAAGAUAUUGGCCAGGCUGUCAAGGUCUACAAGUGUGAUUUGACAAAAAGAGAAGAGAUAAAUAGAGUUAUGAGUGAUAUCUUCCGAGAUACCGGUAAGGUGGACAUCUUGGUGAAUAACGCUGGUAUCGUCAGUGCACGGAGAUUACUAGACUGUCCUGACGCAAUCAUACAGAGAGUUAUGGAUCUCAACAUCAUGGCUUCAUUUUGGAUGACAAAAGCUGUCUUGCCAGGCAUGAUAGAGAGGAACUACGGUCACAUCGUUAACAUUGCCUCCCUAUCUGGGUUCAUUGGUAUUGGCGGUCUAGUGGAUCUGAGUACCAGCAAGUUUGCCAGUGUGGGAUUCUCUGAGGCUUUGGACCUAGAGCUGAAACAGAUGAAUAAAGACGUCAAAGUGUCUGUGGUUUGCCCUUCACUGCUGGAUAGAGGGAUGUUUGAAGGAGCCAGAUCAAGAUUUCCAUCGCCCCUGAAGCCCCAGUAUGCAGUCAGUCAGAUCAUGCGAGGUGUCUUGGCAGAUCAGGAAGUUAUAUUCAUUCCGUGGUACAUGCGGUUUACACCAAUCUUCAAAGCGAUUCUACCAGUUGGAGCAUUCAGUGCAUUACUAGAUUUCUCUACAGGCAUGGACAUCAUGAAGAACAUUAAAGGCUCACGGAAAACCAGCCUAUUGUAGCAUUUCAUCAGGUUGUGGCCUUUCAUCAAGGCGUGGUCAUUCAUCUGGGUGUGGUCCUUCAUUGGUGUGUGGAUGCCCCUCUGCCCCCUCAGGGUCAAUCAUCAGGGCGUGGACCUUCCUUUGGGGCGUGAUCAUUCAUUUGGUUAUGGACCGUUGGGAACACACCUGCCCAACAAGUGCAGCUGAACAUCAGGGUGUGUGGUCAUCCAAAAAGUUCUUAAAUGAUCAAUGCAAAAAUCAAUGCUAUCAUGAAUAUCAGUACAUUAUACAUUUACAAAGCGUCGGUCGCACCAUGAAGUGACGCAUUGUGUGCACAAAGUGCGUAGAUGAUACAUCACUUCGUGGUGCACCCCACGAAAGGUGUGGUUUGUAUCAAUUAUCAUGCUUUAAGGCUAGGUUUACACUAUGUUCCAGGCGGCCACGGCAAUCACGUUUCUGGCCACCGUGGACAAAACGGUAUGGACGUGAGACAACGCCGGGGGACGGAAUGGGCAAACGUGACAGUCCGUGAUUGCCGUAGAUGCCGGGCCAGAUUUUUAAACUGUCAAAAAAUUUGCCACGGCAGUCACACUGCGGAUGAGAAACCUAGUAGGCCGUAGUAAAAUGGGGUGAACGUAACAAAACGUGACAGUACGUGAUAGGCCGUAAUAAAACUUGGAGACGGUCCGUAGUGGGACGGGAAGCAUGUUCAUUCCCCGGCAUCUUACCGGUCCUUUCAAGUUAUGUCACGUUCUGCCGCGUUUAGCAGGCGUUUUGUCACGGCUGCUGCGCGUUUUGUCGCGUUUUGCUUCGUUUCUCACGGCAAGCUAGGGUGUACGGUAGCCGUUUCGUCGCGUUCAAUCACGGCGCGUCCAGAUGUGUGACGGUUUACAGGCCCGGUGUGAUGCGGUGCGAUGCGGCGAGUUGCGUUUUACUACGGUCUGAUACGGCGAGCGCGGUCUGGGAGGGAGUAUAAAAGCAUACAAUGAUUGCUAUUGCUCGGUAGGCUUUCUUUUCAUACCGUGGGCAUAAACUUGCUUCGAAGCUGCCCGGCAUACACAUUUCAUCUGUAGAAAGCCUUGACAGAACGCGAAAAACGUGUCAGACUUUGAUUAGAACGUGAGGGACCCCAGAGGGACCCAUCAGAACGUGAUAGGCCGGGAGGGUAGACCGCGGGCCGAACCGUAGUGCGCCUUUGAGCCUCCGGGACUCAGCAGCCCCUUUCCCCCCACGGCCCAUCACAGAUAACGUGAUAGACCAUGAGAAAACUUAGCAGGACCUAAAAAAAACUUGACUACGGAGAAAAAAUAAUUGCCAAAAUCCCACGGCGCACUACGUUUCGGGCAAACGGGGCUGCCGUGACCGCCGGGAACAUAGUGUAAACCUAGUCUUAGGCAUUAAUUUAUGUUCGUAAAUACCUAAGACAGUCUUAAACGACCGGUCUUAAAGGAUGAUAAAGACAUGGCUAGCUGGUCUCAAACACUUUUCCAGUGUUACAUGAAAUUUGGACUCCCAUGAAAUCCGGUGCCUUUUAACGUUUCAUUGGUUGAACAUUCACAUUCCUCACGUAUGCAUGUGCAAAUGUACCAGUGAAUCAGUAUUUAAUUGUGCGAAAUUCACACACUACACUAGCCCAGCUAUGUAUUGCGCUACAUUGCGCAGUACGUGCGACGUGCACGCCAAUCUCCUUAUAAGGUAAGAGUUAUAGAGGGACAUUCCAUAUUAAAGUCAGAGGGGUGUUUCAUAAAACAAAGUAAAAUUGUUGAACAAAAUGGUUGGCAACGUCUAGUUUUUGACUUGUUUUGAUUUUUGGACUGAAAAGAUUAAGAGAUUAAACUAGCCCCUUUCCCUUCAAUCCCUCUCUACAAAUUUCUCUUCUCAGAUUUGAAGAAACAUUGAUUACAACAGCAUUUCUGUUGAUUUCUUGUUUAUUUACCAUACAUAUUGGUCAUGUGGGUUUAUAAAUACUACAUAUAUAGAGUAUUACCAAAGAGACCUUUAAAAUUAUCAGUUAUUAGCAGGUACUUUUCAGUCACUUGCCUGCCCUAAACAAACACACUCGCUGCACUGCCUGAAACUGCUGACUAAAUGUUGAACAGUAAUAUGCAGUAUUUAUUUAGUGGUCAAGUGACAUGUGAAUCAAUGUAAAA